AAACGAACGCCUGUUUGGUACUGCCAAAUAUGGAGAGAGAUGCUGACAGCCAAUCACAAGUCGGGAUGGAAAGGCGCUCAGGCAUAAAUGCGGCCUAUCACGAAUUCAAAAGCAAGAUGCGAAAAUGGCCAGUGUGAACAUGGACUACAGCGGCCCAGAACAAGAUAACGAGAGUCAGGAGAGUUUACAUUUAGCGUUAGAAGAUACGGAAAUCGAGUCCCUAGACUGUAGUGAUAUUGAUAGCACGACAAUCACCCCAGUGAAGAAGAAAAAGCGCCACCGGAGCCCGGGCGCCCUUAGACGUGUACGUGUCCUAAGGCCCCUCUCCCAAACAAGUGAUGCUGCGUCGGAAUCUGACUCAAUUCUGAAUGCUAAAGAAAAGCUUGUACAGAGUUCAAGGAACAAAGAAUCUGAGCCUGAGCAGACUCCGUCAACUUCUGGCAAGAAAUCAAGAGUGGCUGUUGUAAGGAGAUCGCCAAGAAAAAAGAAAAGUGAUGAGAGAUCAAUACUGCAAGACUCAGACAAUGAUACAGAUGCUGACACUCAAUCCCCCCCAUGGGCAAUGUCUAGCACCAGUGCUUUGAGAAGAUCGCCAAGAAAGAAAACAAGCAAGUCAUCCAGAGAAGCAUCACAAAGAAAUGUGGACAACAUAAAUAAAACUCCUAGAGGUCCUCAAGUACCUACUCAGCCUGAAAACUCCUCAGAAACAGUUACUCCAAAUCGUACCUUAAGUAAAGGUAUACAAGGACAAUUAAAAGAAAUGCAAGCAACUCAAAAAGAAAUCCUCUCAACAAUAAAGGUGGUAAGAAAUGAAGUACGGGAUCUGAAGAGGGAGUUCGAAAAAAGAAAGGAAGAAACAAAAGAGAUCAUCAGUGUACCAAACAGAAUAAGGAAUAAUGUAAAGGAAUUUUACGCUUGUGGAGAGGACAGGGAAUUAAAAUGGGAUUUCAAGAAAAGAUACAAUGAUGAAGCAAACAACGAAAUGACUGACUUCAUAAAGAAAAGUGUCAAAGGAGUUGCACCAGAUGUGUCGAAUGAAGUUUUAGAUACUGCUGUGAAGCGAUAUUUUACUUCUAAAAAGGAAGGGGCCACCAGAAAAGCAAAGAAUAAAGAUCUACUUCAUAGGCAGCGUCAGGCAUCUUAUGAAAGAAAAAAUGAGAAAUUAAGACGAAGAUUGGUUGCCACAGACAGAAAGAAGAAUUGGCCAGAAGAUAAGAGAGCAUCAGUGAAAAAAUUUUUAAGCCAUAAACAGUCAUACAAGUACAUGUCCAGUGAUGAAGAGGCAGCGGAUGGCUUUAUCUCACACCCAUAUUCUUGGGAAAGUGAGACAUGGAAACAUGUCAAGGACAGUUUGGAUAAAAAAUACUUGGAAACAUGUCCACCAAGGAGCAAAAGACUAGUACAAAAACGAACAGCAGGUUCCACCAAAGAACAAGAAGCACCAGAACACGACGAGGAAUUCAACUGGGUUUUCAAAUAAACUAUUACACUUGUAGCACUUUCUUGGUUUGAUUGUUAGGCCAUGCUUUGACUGCUGGAUUUUGUCUACAAAUCAUUUUUUACAUGUGUUUUGAAACUUUCUACCUUUUAUUUUACAGUACU